AUGACUCUUGAACUUCUACCUUUGAUUGACGACGUACCUGCCCUGGUACCGCUCAGACACAACCCCGACUUCCGUCUCGACGGGUUUGCCAUCAACGACACGCUACGGUUUGUCCGUAAAAUCGGCGCCGGCACCUAUGGCCUUAUCUACUUGGUGGAGAACAUCGAAACAGGCGCCCGGUACGCCGCCAAAAUGGUGAUGACCGAUCCUCCGGUGAAAAACGGUGGACGCAUCGAUGUUGAUGAAAACAAGAAACACAUCCAGCGCCGGAUGUACGAGUACUUUUUCCGGGGUGCUCGCGGCGUCGUGGAGCUCGACUUGGCCGUGGUGGCCCACGACGGCGCCAGAUGCCCGUUUUUGAAAGAAAUCGCUCUUCACCUCAGAGUGAGUAACCACCCCAAUGUGGUGACGAUACACAAGGUGCUUAAUUUGGGCCGGGUGGCGGUGAUGACGCUUAUGGACUACUUCCCCGAGGGGGACCUUUUCGGCAAUAUCAUCGACAACAAGUUGUUUUUGGAGCCUCCCGCCUGGCAGGACAAGCAGAAGCUCAUGAAAAACUGUAUGCUCCAGUUGAUCGAUGUGGUGAGCCACUGCGAGGCCCGGGGGGUCUACCACUGUGAUUUAAAGCCGGAAAACGUCAUGAUCCGCUACAACAGGCGCUACAAAAGACCCCACGACGGUCCCUUGAUCGACUACAACGAGCUUCAGAUCGCCCUUAUAGAUUUCGGCCUUGCCAUUACUUCAGACACAAUUUGCUGCAACGCCUGCCGGGGACUGAGCUUCUACAUGGCUCCGGAAAGAAUCGUGAACUUUAACACCAGCAGCUUGAUCAAAUCGCUUGUGGACAUGAGACAGUACCCUACUGUGGAAAACGCUACACUGGCAUCUGGAGCCAAAAUGUUUCCAACGUUGGCCGGCGACAUUUGGCUGCUUGGCGUGCUAUUUAUCAACAUAACGUGUGCCCGGAACCCGUGGCCCAUAGCCAACAUCAAUGACCAGAACGACGUUUUCGGAACGUACAUUCUUCAGAACAGAGACAUAUUGGCUCUGAUCUUGCCCAUUCUGCACCGUUUUAACCGUCUUUUGGACGAGAUUUUCCGCCUCAGCCCGAACGAGCGGCUUCUGCUUCCUGAGCUUUACGGCAAGAUCGCCACGAUUGAUUUUUUCUCUGACGAUGUGGUGGAGCCGGAAAAAAACGCCAAUCUGGUGGUCUACAACCCGCAGCUCCUGACUCCCCCGUACACUGACACAGACUACAUGGCGCUGACGCCGGAAUAUUUCAAGCAGCGGGGCGGAGGAGUCCGUAGUGGGGCGUAG